UGGUUCCACAACUCUAAUUAACCGAAGUUUAACUGGUUUACACCCGGUUUCAACCUGCUGUAAACGAAACCAAACUCCGGUUAACUCGAGUCGUGGAACCCGGCCUUAGUAUAAGUUUAUUGGCAAAAUGUUAUCAAAUGCGAAAACUGAACAAGUGGAGUUUAAUAAGUAAAAUGAAUAAGUGAUUUAGUUUCGAAUACUGUUAUGGAAUUGUAUGUAACCAUUGUUAAUUUAAAAUUAGAUGUAGGACUUUUGUCGUCUUGUCUAGGUGAUUUUUCGGUGUGCAAUCAUGAAGAAGGGGCUAAAUAUUUGUCAUUUUCUUGUAAUGUGUAACGUCUUAUAAACGAAAAAGUAUCGUUUAGCCACCAUGGAUGGAAUUAUCGUAGCUACGUUCUGAUGAUCUUUGCGAUUAAAUGAACACAAUGAAAUCCGGUGCCAAGUAUAUCCCUCUGGGGGAGAGUGAAUUGCCAAGGUUUCGUCUUCUUUUGCCUUUCUCAAAAGUGGCAUGGUUUACAGUUUUACUACCAUUUAGUGCUUUUACAUUUUGCGUCAUUUGGUCCAUUUUAUAUAAUUUUGAGCUAUCUACUUACACCCAUUGUAAGGUCUAUAACUUUUUACCAUCCGUAUCGGCCGCGAUUGGUCACUAUAGGCCGCAAAAGGAUGUCUGGAAAGCAGCCGUAGCUGUACAGGCUGUCAUUAGAGUUUUGGUUCUAAUAAUGUAUUAUGAAUAUUACAAAGGCAACGUAUACCAUUGGGCACGUGGGAUUUGCAAUUUUGCACUUACUACAUAUGCGAUAGAAAAUACUUCUUUGGUCACCUUAAGCUUCUGGUCAUCCAAUGAAAAUUAUGCGCUCCACAAAUUAUCCUUUAUAACUUUUUUAAUAACGUCGCUGGUAUAUAUGUUCCUAACGUGGUAUAUCACAAAGAACUGCCAAAAUAUCAGCAAAACCUCCGACGAGGAAGUCUCUCAUAAAUGGAAGUACAGACUGAUGCUCGCAAACAUAAGCGCGAUAUUUGCAGCCUGUUACUUCUUCUACAGACACAAUACAUUUUGUGAGCCCCUAGUCUACUCCAUGUUUGCUCUGGCAGAGUACUUGGUCGUUCUUUCAAACAUGGGAUUUCAUAUGACCGCAGCCUUGGAUUUUGCAAACCGAAGUGUCUUGAUAUCGAGAAACGGAUUCCGAAUAAUAUAAAACUUGAUCGUUAAUGCAAUGGAUAAUCUACUAUCGAAAAAUGAUGAGUACGAGACAAAGUGGCCGCCAUUAUUGUAAUUGAAAUCAUAGAUGCAAAGGUUCCAUUCGACAAAAAGAAUUGCAAACGUUCCAAGUCUAUGUAAUGUAUGUUAACGACGCGAAAAAGGAAAUGUAUAGAACAUUUUAAUGUUGUACAUCCCCAAGAAGGAUUACUUAUUAUCAACUUCUAAAAUAGGUUGUCGAUAAUUGAUAAUAUAUAUUAAUAUAUGUAACAUUUCCAUUAGAGUAAUGGUUAUUAAUCUCAAUUAAAGAAGUUAUUAUAACAUUA